AUGUGGCAAAGCUUCGUCUUACUCUUCACCGGUUUGCUUGGGUUGUGUUCAUGUUCAAGUUUCCCAAGUAACAUCAACAUAGGAGGUUUGUUUCCAACCGACUCCCAUGAAUACGACGUGUUCCGUUUCGCGCUCUCUCAACACAAUGAUGUUCCUAAACUGGUACCCCAAGUGGACAUGGUGGACACGGGGAGCAGCUUUGCCAUGACAUACGCCUUUUGUUCCCAGUUCUCCAAAGGAGUCUACGCCAUCAUCGGCCUUUAUGACAGGAAGACCAUGAACAUGCUGAUGUCAUUCUGUGGCGCUCUACAUGUGUGCUUCGUCACGCCCAGCUUCCCCAUCAAUACCAACAACCAGUUUGUGAUCCAGCUGAGACCUGAGCUCCAGGAUGCUCUGAUCGCCCUUGUCGAGCACUACAAGUGGACCAAGUUCGUCUACAUGUACAGCUCCGACUCAGGUCUGACGGUGUUGCAAAAGAUCUUGGACACAGCUGCUGAAAAGACCUGGCAGGUGACAUCCAUAAACUUUGACACUCUGACAGAGGUGGCGUUCUUGAAAACCAUCCAAGAUCUGGAUGUGAAGAAGGAGUACAGGGUCAUUCUGGACUGUGAGCUGGAGAGACUCAACUCCAUCUUAAACUUGAUUGCGGCACAAAAAAAGAACUUGAAGAACUACCAUUUCAUACUAGCAAACCUGGGAUUUCUGGAUCUUAAUCUCACAGAGUUCAGGAACGGCGGUGCCAAUGUGACAGGCUUCCAGCUCAUGAACUACACAAACCCUACUGUCAGCAGGACAAUACAGCACUGGCUAGAGUUUGACAGUAAAGACUUGAAAAGUCCCAAAAGGAGGCUCAAGUACACUGGAGCGCUUACAUAUGACGCGGUGACUGUCAUGGCCACUGCCUUCCAGAACCUGAGAAAGCAGCACAUUGAUAUAUCUCGCAGGGGGAAUGCAGGAGAGUGUCUGGCUAACCCUCCUGCACCCUGGGGCCAAGGCAUCGACAUUCAGAGAGCCCUACAGCAGGUGCAAUUUGAAGGGCUUACAGGACAUAUUCAGUUUAAUGAAAAAGGACAUCGGACCAACUUUACUGUCAGCGUGAUGGAACUUGGCCCAAACGGACCCAAGAAAGUGGGCUACUGGAACCAACGUGAGAAAUACGUGAACACAGCUACUUACAUCAACAUGCUCAAUGAGACAUUUGGACUGCAAAACAGGACCUAUAUAGUCACCACCAUCUUGGAGUCUCCAUAUGUGAUGCUGAAGAAGAACCAUGAGCAGCUAGUGGGAAAUGACAAAUAUGAAGGUUAUUGUGUGGAGCUGGCUGCAGAGAUCGCCAAGCACGUGGGCUAUUCCUACAGGCUAGAACUAGUGGGGGACGGAAAGUAUGGAGCCAGAGACUCAGAGACAAUGAUGUGGAAUGGGAUGGUUGGAGAACUAGUGUAUGGGAAAGCAGACGUGGCUGUCGCCCCCCUCACCAUCACUUUGGUCAGAGAGGAGGUCAUUGAUUUCUCCAAGCCCUAUAUGAGCUUAGGUAUAUCUAUCAUGAUCAAGAAGCCCACCAAGUCCAAACCAGGUGUCUUCUCCUUCCUGGACCCAUUGGCGUACGAGAUCUGGAUGUGCAUUGUGUUUGCCUACAUUGGUGUGAGUGUGGUGCUGUUCCUGGUGAGUCGCUUCAGUCCGUACGAGUGGCAUGCAGAUGAUGAAGAGGAAGAAACGGAGCAGCAAAACCAAAACCAGAACCGACCACCGUUAUCAGAAACCAACCAGUCGCCAAGCCAGGACGCUCAGAAUCAGAAUCAGAGAGAGGAGAAGCAACCUGAACACACCAAUGAAUUUGGGAUCUUCAAUAGCCUGUGGUUUUCCCUGGGAGCCUUCAUGCAGCAAGGAUGUGAUAUCUCACCAAGAUCUCUCUCUGGUCGUAUAGUUGGAGGUGUGUGGUGGUUCUUCACUCUGAUUAUCAUCUCCUCCUACACGGCCAACCUGGCUGCCUUCCUCACUGUGGAAAGGAUGGUGUCACCCAUCGAGAGUGCUGAGGAUCUGGCUAAGCAAACAGAGAUUGCCUAUGGGACUCUGGAUGGAGGAUCCACCAAAGAGUUCUUCAGGAGAUCAAAGAUCGCAGUUUUUGAGAAGAUGUGGUCCUACAUGAAAUCUGCAGACCCUUCUGUAUUUGUGAAGACGACAGACGAAGGUGUCGUACGGGUGAGAAAGUCCAAAGGGAAGUAUGCUUAUCUGCUGGAGUCCACAAUGAACGAAUACAUUGAGCAGCGCAAGCCAUGUGACACCAUGAAGGUGGGAGGAAACCUGGACUCAAAGGGCUAUGGAAUAGCAACACCCAAAGGAUCUGCCCUGAGAAACCCAGUAAACCUGGCAGUGUUAAAACUGAACGAGCAGGGCCUGUUGGACAAAUUGAAAAACAAAUGGUGGUACGACAAGGGAGAGUGUGGCAGCGGAGGAGGUGAUUCCAAGGAUAAGACCAGCGCUCUGAGCCUCAGUAAUGUGGCUGGAGUUUUCUACAUUCUGAUUGGUGGGCUUGGGCUGGCCAUGUUGGUAGCCCUGGUUGAGUUCUGUUACAAAUCCAGAAUCGAGUCUCAAAGGAUGAAGCAAAUCAUUGAUGCGGCCAUGCUCAGCCCCACACUGAGUAGGAUGGGCACUGGUGGCGAAAACGGACGUGUGAUGGCCCAUGACUUCCCCAAAUCGGCACAGACUCUGCCCUGUAUGGGCCAGGCAGCUGCCAUGGGCCUCAGCACCACUGGGAUGUAA